AAAACACUGGAAGCUUUUCAAAAGUGUCUUAUUGAUCAGUUCGUUUAAAACAUACAGUAUGGCGGAGAAAAACACGUAUUGACAAUGAGGAAAUGGGUUGUCUCAGGUUGGCAAGGUGGCAGAAGUGAGGAGUUUGAGAACCGGAGGAACCAAUCAGUGCACUACGACAGCCCUCGGGGAGUGGACUACAAUGACCAGCGUGCGACUCCUGGAGCCCGGCCACCCGUGCGCCAUGUCGACAACUCCCCCCUGGGCCAUGUCCAGCAGCGCUCAUUAUCGUCCGACAGAAAGUCCGCCCCGCUGGACAGGAAACAGGGCAGCCCGUCGGUGCUGCGCAAGUUCGGCGCCAUGCUCCAGGAGAACGAGGGGAAGUUGUUGACCGAUGCCGGCGUGGUGGCGCCCUCCCCUCCGCCGACCGUGACCACCGGCUCCUCUCCCGUCAGCCCCCGCCGUUCACACACACGCACGCCUUCGCACUCCCACACACACACUCGCUACUCCAACCCCAGCCCCACGCCCCCGUCGCACUCCUCGCCCAAACUCACCCCCUCCCAGGGGCCGCAGCGAGGGGGGCAGUGGGGCGAGAGAAGGGAUCGGGAUGUCACCAGUGGCAGGGUGCCGGCCCAAGGUUGCGACCCGAGCGCCGAUUACUGGAUGGUGGAGCACGCCCUAAACGGACCAAGCGUGGGCCGUCUCCGCAGCCACAGCAGUGGAGGUGGGGGCUGCCACGGCAACGGACGUUACUUCGGAAACGGAACAGGCAUUAGCCGGGAGGAGAGCGGUCUGGUGGAGCUACUGAGCUCGCUCGACAUUCAGCAGCAACAGCAGCAUCGGCCAGCCAGCAGGGUCUCACACACACCACCGGUCAGCCGUGAGUCCUCUCCAGCACCUUCGAGGCGGAGCUUCUCCCGUCCUGCCCGGCCAGCCAAUCAGCGCCCACCUUCCAGAUGGGCCAGCCAGACAAGCUCCACCCGCCCCAGGCUCUCCAGCCAUUCAGGUCCCAUGAGCCGCCCCCCAAGUCCCGCCCGCAAAGCCAGGCCAGCCAAUCAGAGCUUCGGCUCCUACUCGUUGCACACAGAAACGGUCAUCAUGUGACCAAUCCGUGCAGGGCCAUCUCUGAAAGACAUUAGCAUUCAUAAGUGCUUACACAGACUGGAAUAAACACUUUUGUCAACCUGCCUUAUAUAAUUGAUGUUGGUGAGGGGCUAGUCACAGAGCUAUCCCCCACCAGAGUCUCUAGGCUCACAAUGACUUCAUAAGUGUUUGCAAAGGGAAUCCCAAAAGCCUGGAUCUCUUUCUGCACGUCUGUGGACUCAAUGUGUCUCAGAAGGUACUUAAAGUAAAAUGCCAAUUCAACCCCUGUAUACAUCCUUAUUUUCUUCCUGUAUUUUUUCUUUUGUACCAUGACAUUUUAUUGUAUGUGCUGAGGGCUUCGACUAAUGCACUGUUCCUUCAGUUUAGUGUAACACAUCUCUGCCAAACUGUAAGUGCAGCCUCCAUCCAUUCUCCCAUACAGACCUCACGUAUACCCAACACAAGUGGCUCAUACUAUAUACAAACACGGACACACACACGCGCACACACACACAGACAGACGCACGCACACCCACACACACACGCACACACACAAACAGCAGUGGGCUUUCACAGAAAUCCAAGCCUCCCUCGGCCCUUGUGCAUGACUGCCCGGUGCCCAGGCACAGUGUGUUUGACGUGUAUGUAAAAGUGUUUAUUUCUUUAUUCAUUUUUUAGCGUGCAGAGUUUGACAAAAAGCCCUAAUUCUGAAAGGUGCGGUGCCGUUCUGUGCGCUUUUGUGAAGGCUGUAUGCGUAUCUGUUGCACUUCAGUGAGAUGCAUGGGUGUGAUGCCAAGCCCCCUCUCUCUCUCUCUCUCUCCCUCUUUCUCCCUCUCUCUCUCUCUCUCUCUAUCUAUCUCUCUCUCUCACUCUGUGCGUGAGUGUGUGAAAAAUACUGUAAAAAAAAUGACAUAAAGAAAUGAAGCCGUAAACUGUAAGAGUGCGUCUACCUCUUUUCAAAGAGGCCUCAUGGUGUCUUCAUACAGAUUUUAAUGAAGCACAACGUGGAAAAAAAAUAUUUUUAUCUGUAUCAUAUUCAAAAGUGACCAUAUUGUUGUUAUGAUUGUAAUGUAAUGCCUUUUUUCCUCUUGAUAAUAAACGCUUCAGUGCUUUGACCAA